AUGGCUUACACUUCUCCUGCUGUUGUGAUUGACAACGGCUCGUACACUACGAAAGCCGGGUUUGCUCUGGAGGACUUACCGUCACUAGUGUUUAGCACCAACUAUGCGGUAGACAACAAGACCGGCAGCGUAAUUGUAGGAGACGACGAGAUCUGUGCCCAACCGGAAAACGAAGUCAUGACACUUCUUGACAACGGCCUUAUCUACAACUUUGACAAUAUUGUGCACAACUGGCAGUAUGUGUAUGACAAUAUAGACAACCACAAUGCCAUAGAUGCCAAAGAGUUUCCUCUUGUCUUGACAGAACAGUCAUGGAACACCUCCAAAAACAGAUUGACCGCCACCCAAAUAGCGUUCGAGACAUUGGAAGUGCCCAUCUUCUCACUUGUGAAAACACCCAUUGCUCAGUUGUACAGAGCUGGCAGAUCUACUGGUCUUGUAAUCGAUGUAGGAGCUUCUGUCACUAGUGUAACUCCCAUUUUGGACGGUAUAAUCCAGCACAAGUCGUGUUUCCAUCUGAAAUAUGCCGGCAACUUUGUCAAUCUUCAUGUAUUGGACUAUUUACAGCUGCAGCUGAAGCAAGUCGUCAAUAAUUUGUUGCCCAAGCAGUACCACGGAGGAUCUGAUUCAUUCAAGACCUACUACAUCAGUCACAAUGUUCUUCAGGACUACAAGAGCUUGGCCUUGAACUACCAGCUCAGAAAUUACCAGUUACCAAACAACACUCACAUUCCUGUAGGCGACAGUACUAACUUCUUGGAGAGUUUGUUUCAGCCCACAUUACGUAAGUUGCCAGAUGUAGUUAUUCCAGAACCGGUUGUGGACAAGCCCCACACCCAUGGCUUGACAAACUUGAUCUUCUUGUGCUUGAAGAGCUUGGAGGCGUCAUUAUUACCUCCCACAAACGACUCAUCGUCACACAACAAGUUGGCCAAGUUCACAGAGAUAUUCAAGGAGUUGCUUUCCAACAUAUUGAUCACUGGAGGCACUUCCAACGGGUCUGGUUUGCCAGAGUCCAUCAUCAACGACAUCAGGGCCAUGACCCAACAAUACUACUCCAACUAUCCAUUCUCAUAUUCCAUCUAUCCUAUCAGGCACAGUACAGGGGACUCCAACGAAACAUGGGACAGACAGUUUGGUGCCUGGAUGGGAGCUUGUAAUUUGGCCAGUAUGUUGAACGAUAGCAACGAGCAGUCCAACAGUGUCAAGAUUGCAUUGGAUAAUUGGUUUGUCACAAAAGCUGAUUAUGAGGAGUUGGGUGAGGAUUUGAUUGUUGAAAAAUUCAAGUAG